AGCAGUCUUUUGAGCUAGGUUUUAUAAUUCGUGUAAACAACUCAAACUCAAAACAAUUGGAAACAAACAAAACGAUAGACCGCAGCUGCCAUAAUGAAAUGCCGCUCCCGAUACUGGAUGCGUAAAGUAUAUAAUUUUCUUCCUGCUACAUCUUGAAUCUGUCCUCCAAAAAUCAAAUCUUAUAGAGCUUAUUUUUAAAGAUAUUCCAAGGUACUUUGGACGUUCCGCGAUUUCACCGAUAUGUUCAUUUGCUGCCUGGUGAAUCGGCCAGGAUCGGCCAAGGAUCGACAACACUGAUCACACAAAAACAGCAUGGCGCCAAUCAUCUAACGUAUCUGCCGCGACAUACAUUAAGCGUGUUUAUAGUGAAUUUAGUACAGUGGAACCACGAAAACGAAUUGGUGACCUACAACAAAACAUAUAUUACGUGUACUACCGAAUUACUGAGUGUUUUAUGGGUACAUCAGUGAUGCAGUUACACUGUUUUUACGUAACAUCGUGCCCUGCGUGCAACUACGUUGAGCUGCAGAUACCGUAACUGAAGUAGUUUGUGAAAGCGCUAACUCCUUUCCACAAACUGAGAAACAUGGCUGGUGUAGAACAGUGGGUCAGCGACCAACUGCACUCCAUUCUUGGGCUGAGUGAUCGCUAUGUGGCAGAAUAUUUGGUGCACAUGGCAAAGAAAAGUUCUUCGGAGGAAGAACUCGUGCAUAAACUUCAGGACACAGGCACUAUCACCGUGAACGACGCUGUUGUGGGCUUCGUUCACAACCUUUGGGACAAGGUGCCACAUGCUGCCCAGAGGGAGAAACCUGCCCGUGCUCACGAGCGCGCUGUUAGAGAGAUUUUGGAGAAAAAUUCGCAGUACCAGCUGCUUCCUGAUAGCGACGAGGAGGGAGAUGCCAGUGCAAAGAGGAAUCAAGCGUCAGCAAAAAAGAGGCAUCUCCGGAAAAAAAGUACAGCAGAUGAUGGCAGCGACGAUGAAAGCUCUGGAGUGUUUGCAAGAAAGAAGGACAAGCGAAACAUGGCGAGAAAGAUCAAAGAAGAGCCGGAAUCGGACUCUGAUCCUGAAGACGAACGGCUACGAGAUCUUAAAGAGAGGGACGAGUUUGCAGCUCGCCUUCGGGACAAGGACAAGGACAAAACGAGGAACAUUAUAGAGCGCUCUGACAAAAAGGCAUUCGAGGAAGCUGCAAAACGCCUCAAGUUGGAGGCUGAAGACCGAAGGAAGAUAGUGCCAAAGCUUCGAGUCGAUUCCCGCCGAAAAUACCUUGAGAAGCGAAAGGAAGAUAAGUUGAUAGAACUGGAAGCAGACAUACACGAUGAAGAAUUUCUCUUUUCAGAAACCCCCCUCACAGAACGAGAGAAGAAAGAAGGAGAGUACAAACGGAAAGUACUAAAACUGGCAAAGGAACAUGAGAGAGCGAGAGAGCUGGAGAAAAUACAACGUUAUCGCAUGCCAGUUGAGAAGAAGGGAAAGGACGACAUCGAAGAGUACGUCGAAGUUGACGCCAAGGAACAAGUUCCUCAGGCCGAGCAACGCAAGUGGGAGGAAGAAAGGAUGGGUAUCGCACGCCUGCACUUUGGUGCCAAGGAUGCGCGGGAAAGACACAAAGAAAAAGAGAAGCAGUACGAGCUGGUGUUGGACGACGCCAUCGAGUUUGUUCAAACGCUCCGAGUGCCCGGCACCAAGGGAAAGGACCAAGAACCAGAGCUGACUGAGUAUGAGCGCAAGAAGAUGUCCAUAGAAGAAACAAAGAAAAGCCUUCCAGUUUAUCCAUUUAGAGAAGACUUACUGCAGGCCAUUGAGGAACAUCAGGUCCUUAUCAUCGAAGGUGAGACAGGAUCCGGAAAAACAACGCAGAUACCACAGUAUCUGUAUGAAGCAGGCUAUACAAAGGACAAGCUGAAGAUUGGAUGCACGCAACCUCGGCGUGUGGCAGCCAUGAGCGUAGCCGCUAGGGUGUCCGAGGAGCUUGGAGUGAAAUUGGGCAAUGAGGUAGGCUACAGCAUACGUUUUGAGGACUGCACGUCUGAGAGAACAGUGCUUAAGUACAUGACUGAUGGUAUGCUUCUCAGAGAAUUCCUCUCUGAGCCUGACCUUGCUGGCUACAGCGUUAUCAUCGUGGACGAGGCCCACGAGAGAACACUUCACACGGACAUCUUGUUUGGCCUGGUGAAAGACAUAGCUCGAUUCAGGCCAGAUCUCAAGCUCCUGAUCUCAUCUGCAACGCUUGAUGCAGAAAAAUUCUCAGAGUUUUUCGAUGACGCUCCCAUCUUCAAAAUUCCCGGCAGGAGGUUUCCCGUGGAUAUCUUCUACACCAAGGCUCCUGAAGCAGAUUACUUGGAUGCCUGCGUAGUCACGGUUCUACAGAUUCACAUCACUCAACCCUUGGGAGACAUUCUUGUCUUUCUCACUGGUCAAGAAGAAAUCGAGACAUGCCAGGAACUGCUGAUGGAACGGACACGGCGACUGGGUUCCAAGAUCAAAGAGUUGAUCAUCCUCCCCAUCUAUUCUAACCUGCCUUCGGACAUGCAGGCCAAAAUUUUUGAACCGACGCCACCGGGGGCAAGAAAGGUGGUGUUGGCUACAAAUAUUGCUGAGACUUCGCUCACAAUUGACGGCAUCAUUUAUGUGAUUGACCCCGGAUUCUGCAAGCAAAAUAGUUACAAUGCCAGGACAGGAAUGGACUCGCUUGUUGUCACUCCGAUAUCAAAGGCGUCAGCUCGGCAGCGCUCCGGGCGUGCGGGUCGUGUUGCUGCUGGGAAAUGCUUCCGUCUUUACACAGCCUGGGCGUACGAGCAUGAAUUGGAAGACAACAAUGUCCCUGAGAUUCAGCGUGUCAACCUAGGAAAUGUAGUGCUGAUGUUGAAGUCUCUGGGCAUAAAUGACCUCCUCCAUUUCGACUUUCUUGAUCCACCUGCUCAUGAGACUCUGGUACUGGCCUUGGAACAACUGUAUGCAUUGGGUGCCCUGAAUCAUCUGGGAGAACUCACAAAGCUGGGUCGGCGCAUGGCAGAAUUUCCCGUUGAUCCGAUGAUGGCAAAAAUGAUCUUAGCAGCCGAGAAGUACAGGUGCUCGGAGGAGAUACUCACCAUUGCGGCCAUGUUGUCCGUCAACAGCUCGGUUUUCUACCGCCCCAAAGACAAGAUUGUGCAUGCUGAUACGGCAAGAAAGAAUUUCUUUUCGCCCGGAGGAGAUCACCUUACUCUCAUGAAUGUUUACACACAGUGGGCAGAUACGGAUUACUCGACCCAGUGGUGCUACGAAAACUUCAUUCAACAUCGUUCCAUGAAGAGGGCGAGAGAUAUAAGAGACCAGCUGGAGGGAUUAAUGCAGCGAGUCGAGAUUGAGAUGGUCUCCAGCAGAGACGACACAAUAGCCAUAAGGAAGGCAAUCACAGCUGGCUACUUCUACAACACAGCACGGUUUUCGAAAGGCGGCCAUUACAAGACUGUGAAACAUCAGCAGACUGUGAUGAUUCAUCCCAACAGUUCCCUAUUCGAGGACUUACCACGGUGGCUCAUCUACUUUGAGUUGGUGUUCACAACAAAGGAGUUCAUGCGCCAGGUGAUCGAGAUCGAAAACGGUUGGCUGCUUGAAGUGGCUCCUCACUACUACAAGGCCAAAGACUUGGACGAUCCAUCCAACAAGAAGAUUCCCAAAAACACCGGAAAAGCUCGAGACGAUCUCGUGCGGAAUCACUGAUGCAAGAACGGUUCCUGCAUCGUGACCAGAGCGCUUCCCGCAUGCGACGAUCACAGAGAAUCUGUAUCGAGUCGCUGCAUGUGUGCUUUCCUGAAGGGAAAAGAAAUACUACGCUACAAUUUUAUGCAGCACUGUACAUUGCAGGGAACUUUCACCUCUCAUCGUGGUCAUGGAGUGGUGUAGGAGGGCAGACGUUGACCCUGGGAAGGCGCGGGUCUGUUAUGUACUCGUGCCAGCGCCCGCGGCCAGAGUCCCUGACUAGCGCAGACCUGUGCAGCACUGGGUACUGGAGACCUUCGGCGAUCUCAAGGAGAGGAAGCGUCUCACGCGGGCAUAUGUCUUCGCCCUCAGCUGCGUAAGUGCCGUGCGGUGGCGGAUCGUGGCUACUGUCGGGUUCAGCAUCAUCAUCGCUGCUUUCGGUUGACUUUUCUGCGGUGCAACAGGAAAAUUGUGUGUGCACAUAUGUGAACAAGUAUUACGUUCAAUCAUUGUUCAUGAGGCAGAGGCUUAAUACAAAGACUCGGUGCAGUUCAUUUUUA